AUGAAUUCGAAUAUUUGCAACACCAAUGAGGAAGAGAUGAACGAUAACGGCGAGACUGCAUCGUCCACGACCAGCGGAACAAAGUCUGCCACUAGCUGUAAAUCACGGCUGUGCCAAAAGCUAAGUUGGAUACCUUCACCUGAGAAGGAGACUUACCGUACAGUGUUGGUCAAUUAUCGCUAUGCCAAAAUGGACAAAAACUAUCCGCGCAACACAGGCGCAGUUUCGAAGAAGAAACACUGGAAUCGCAUGGUCGCGGCCAUGAGUGCCGAACAGAACAACGAAAAAGAGGAAGAUUAUGAUGAGGAUGAGGAUGCACCCAACUUGCGUAAUCUCUACGAUUGCUCUAUAGAAGAUCUGGCCUCCCAUAAAACACCGAAUACACCUGUGCCUUCCUAUGAAAAUAUACAUACGUUACAGAAGGAACGCGCAAAGGAAGCAAUCAAGCUGGAGGUGUUUUGUUCGCCAGUGGAGCAAGAAGCCACAGUGGAGGAUCCACAGCUGAAUACGAUUGAGGAAAGUGAAGUGGAAUCGGCGACUCUACGUACUGAUGAUAACAAUGAAGAAGAUGUUAGCUCGCAAGAGUACUCUGACGAACGCGUAUUGGAGUUAUCAGAUAACUCAACCGAUACUACUAGAAUGGCUGUACUCUAUUCUUCAUGUACCGAUUUUUUGCUUCUGGGAGAUAACGAGAUCGGCGAAACGCCAGACUUUGACGCUGACUUUUGUUGUGCAAUGACAAAGGACAAAGUGGAUGGCAUUCAGCAAACAUGCAUCAUCAGGAAUACGACAAAAGCGACACAAAGUCCUGAACGGCAUAACGAACGUUUGCAAACGACACGAAUAUCGAGUUUGCGCGCCACGACUGCAGCUGGUCCACAGAACGAUGAAAAUUGCCUACAGCUAACAGUUGCGGAGAUACCCAAUGACUCUGACAAGUCAAAGUCCACACCGACACAGGGCGGUUUCCGCCAACGCCAACAAGAACUUCACCGUUAUCGCAUUGCAGUGGAGCAAAAACGUUUGGAGUUACUCGAAAUGAAGUUGCAACGUGAACGCGAUGAGAUGCUGCGUGAACAAAUACUCUUUGAAAAGGAGCUCGAGUUUAAGGCAACGCAACUGAGUCAACUCAACGAUGAUAAAACCGUUGACAUAUUGUGA